UCACUUCCGUGAUGAGAUUACAGGUUUCUAGUUGAUCUGACAGCAUAGAUGCAAACCUACAACGGUCAUACAGAAAGUGUCCAAAGCGGCUAAUUGAGGGAAAGAUGCGCUGGUUUGAGGGUUCCAUCCCGGCAGCCAUUGCCACCUCCAAGCAGCACGGCUCAAUUUUUGUCGUCGUCAUUGCAGGAGACGACGAGCAGUCCACACAGAUGCUGUCCAGCUGGGAGGACGAGCAGGUAGCCGAGCUCACCAACAACUGCUUCGUCGCCAUUAAAGUGGACGCUAAAAGCGAGACGUGUGUCCAGUUUUCACAGAUCUAUCCCGUAGUGUGCAUUCCAUCCAGCUUCUUCAUAGGAGACAACGGAAUUCCCCUGGAGAUCAUCGCCGGUGGCGUCUCUGCAGAGGAACUGACCAGCAGGAUAAGCAAAGUCAAGCAGACACACGCUCAGCAGCCAGCCGCUCCGCCUCAGCCAAGCCCAGAGACAUCUACCCAGGCUGGAAGUCCCUCUGCUUCUUUAAACUCGGAUAUCGUAACAGGAAGCUCCUCCACUGCUGCUGCGUCUAAAGAAUCUCUGUCCACACCCAUGGAAGAAGCAGAGGCUUCCGGUCAUGUGACUCCAGGGGACGAUAGAAGCCAGUCGUCAGAUGACACGUCACAGGCGUCUCAGGCAGAGGAGAACUUGGAUGCCAAGGUCGAGAGGUUAACAAAGAAACUGGAAGAAAGGCGAGAUCAGAAACGGAAGGGAGAAGAGGAGGAUGAGAUAAAGAAGGAGAAGGAGCGGCGAAAGGUGGGCAAGGAUAUGCUGGACUUCAAGCGGAAGCAGGAGGAGGAGAAAACGAAGCGCCUGCUGGAUGAGAGAAACCGAGAGAAGGCCGAGGAGAAGGCGGCCAGAGAGCGGGUCAAACAGCAGAUCGCUCAGGACCGUGCAGAGCGGGCAGCCCGCUAUGCUAAAACCCAGGAGGAGGCAGACGCGGCCAGAGCAGCAGCACUACAAGCCAAACAGGCCGAGCAGGAGAUGAAAAAAGAGGCCGCGCAGAGAGAGAGAAGUGCAAUUGCCCGGAUACAGUUCCGCCUCCCUGACGGUUCCUCCCUGACCAAUCAGUUUCCCUCGGAGACGACGCUGCAGGAGGCCAGGCAGUUUGCAGCUCAGGAGGUGGGCAACAGGUUCGGGCACUUCUCUCUGGCCACAAUGUUCCCGAGGCGCGAGUUCACAGCUGAAGAUCUGGAGAAGACAUUGCUGGAACUCGAGCUCGCACCCAGCGCCUCCAUCGUCCUGCUGCCGCAGUCAGGAAGGCCCGCCAACACCGUCGUCCAGUCCUCUAGCACAGGUGGCAUCUGGGGUUUGCUGGGCACCGUCCUGUACCCUCUGCUGGCAGUGUGGAGGUUCCUGAGCGGCUUCAUCUUCAGCAGCCCUCCUCCCGGAGCCGCAGCAGCACCCCGUAACCAGCCCCAGCGCCCUUCGAACUCCUCAAAUGCCAACUCCGGAGAGCCAAAGAGAGAAACGAUCCGCAAGCGGGUCCUUGAGAAGCGACCGGAAGACUUUAAAAAAGACGGUAAAAUCUACCGGCUAAGGACCCAAGAGGACAGCGAAGAUGACAACAACACUUGGAACGGCAACUCCACCCAGCAAAUGUAGUGCAAUAACACCACUUUAUCGCUCUCUUUUUUUUCUUUUUUCUUUUUGCCCAGUCGUCUCCUGUCUUCUCACUCUCUUGACUCGGUUCGACUUUGCGCGUGUCUUACGGCAGAUUAUAAACUGAUUUACGGCUUAUGAUUUUCAUUCUUUCCCUCUCUCCCGAUCCAACCUUCCACCUCUCUCUUGCAUGGGUAGAUAAAAACCGAGUUAAUCUCUCAUGUAAGCUUAAACAGACAUCCACUGUGUGCAGAUUUCUUGAUUUUUAUGUUUUUCUUUCCAUUUGCUUUCCAGCAGUAUUUUUUACAGUAACACCUUGCGUGCUAAACAGGCUGAAAAAUUAGGAGGCUUGGAAGCUUGAAUCCUGCUGCUUUUUUAUUGAAACUUUAACCUGUACGACACAAAAGGUUUCCAGCAAAACUGUGUGAUUUUGAUUUUGAGGAAAUAGGGUCUCGGCAACCAGUGUGUUUUAUACGGAAGCUUGGACCUCUUGGCAGCAGAAUGUUUCUACUAGUUGAAAGUUGAAGUCACUUUAACACUGUCAUUUAACAAAACAAUAAAGUUUUUUUUUCGAUUAAA